AUGGUAGCAGAUCUCAAGCGAUUCAGGUAUGUGUGGCCAGAACGCAAUACGAUCCGAAUCAGAGACAUGAGAGUUCCUAUUUUGAUGUUGCUCACCUUGCUGCUGGGCAGCUGCCUUGACUUGAGUCAAGCAUUGUUCUUCAAGGCACUUAAGGCACUAAAAGGAGGAGGUCGUAGCUAUGGCGGUUUCAGCUCUGGAUAUGGAGGUGGCUACGGAGGUUACAGCUCUGGCUAUGGAGGCGGCUAUGCGUCCAACUAUGGCUACAAUGGUGGUUAUGGAGGUUAUGGAGGUUAUGGAGGCUAUGGCGGUUAUGGUGGCUAUGGCUAUGCACAACAGUCCUACAGACCCCGUUAUCAUCGGCCCGCGCGCAAAGGACGCACUUACUCCGAAAUAGCUAGAGUCGGGCGCGCAGAUCCCUAUCUAGGUCUGGGUGCAGGUCGUUAUCUACCCCGUGCUCCCUACUCACAUCUGUGGGGCUAAAAUUAUAUUAAUGUAAAUAUUAAACUGUAAGUUACAUCAGGUAUUUACCAAAA